AUGCCCGGAUACGAGAAACUUAGUCCUGUUAUAGCCGAGAACCAGAAACUAAAAGAAGAAGUGAAAAUCUUUCAAACGCGCGUGCAAAACUUGGAAAGAGAAGCAAGAAAGAACAAUGUUAUACUACAUGGCAUUGCAGAAACGGAAAAAAACACAGCUGAACUCUGGAAAAACGCAAUAGAUGUACUAAACGAAACAGCACGAAGAAGCGAAGGGGUGCGCCAGUGGGACCAUUGGGAGAUAAGUAAUCUAAGAAGACUUGGCAAGAAAAAUUGGAAACAAAAUAAGACCAAUCCUGGUUACUCUUUCUUUAACAUGGCAAAGGGUCUAAAGCAAAAGAAAGAACAGGAAGAGAAAAAUGGAAAAAUCGCCUUUAUAAGGUAUGAUAAGCUGAUAGUAAAGGAGAAAGAAUCGACAUACUCUAAAAGGAAACACUCACAAUCCAAAUCACCCUCUGAAAAUAAACAGCAACACAAGAAUGACAUAACGGCUCCGAAGAAAGUAAACAAAACAUAUAAUAUAUUUCGUUCCAGAGCAAAUUCAACGUCGGGACUUGGAGAACAUAACAACAAAUAA